ACAUGCAAGCUUGAAUUGAAUUAUAGAUCUCCGAGCGACAUCCGCGGGGUCGAUUGAAUCUCCUGCGGAGCUUACCUCUUCAGCCCUUACGAUUGGCCGAUGAGUCCCCUAUCAGCCGUCUCUAGCGGCGAGGCGACGGCUGCAAGCUCGAAUUACGCCAUCGCAACUUUUCUCCUUAGCGGGGCAGACAUGUUUCGAUAACAUGAAGAAUACAGCGACUCCGGAGGCGCAAUUGACUCUUGUCAGUCAACAGCAGACCCUCGGUGAUUAUUUGAUAAGGUAUAGUAUAGCCCAGGGCUUCCGGAUGGCUUCACUUUCCCAGCUGCUGUGCGCGUGAACACAUAUCUUCUCUCCUUGUUGUUACGUUCUUCCGCUGGGCCAUAUCUGGUUUCGCAGACUGCCCCCUCGUCGACGCUGUAGUUGGUGUUAUAUCCUGUUCUCACUUACUUUCUGCUGCAAUCGAAGUCGAUGAUGGCUUCCCAUGUCUCCCUUCUCACAGCGACUGAUGUUAGGUCGCACGUUCACCUGAUCAUCGGCUCGAACCCCCUUGCUGCAGGCCGUUGCAGCCAAUCUCUGAGCGUGGGCGCCACUCCGAUACUCCUUGCGCCGGAAUCAGCAGAACUGCACUACGCGUUGCAGAAGCGUGUCGAUGACGGCCAAGUCGAGUGGAUAAAGAAGUCCUUCGAAGACACCGAUCUUCUAUCUCUGGGUAGGGAAGAGGUCGGCCAUGUUGUGGACACUGUAUUUGUAACCUCAGGGCCGCGAGAUCCUCAGAGUGCACACAUUGCGACUGUAUGCAAGCGAAAUCGAAUUCCAGUCAAUGUCGUCGACUCACCCCAGCUCUCGAGCUUCAGCCUUCUGUCCUCCCAUACGGACGGUCCUCUACAGAUCGGCGUCACUACCAACGGUCGGGGGUGCAAGCUUGCAUCUAGAAUUCGACGAGAGAUCGCCGCCUCCUUGCCGCAGAACUUGGGUUCCGCCUGCCUGAGACUGGGCGAGGUGCGACGGAGGAUACACGAAGAGGAUGCCUUGUUACACCAUGCAUUGGCAGACGGCGAAGACAUCGACGACUCGACCGAUCAGUCAGCGUCGUUUAACAAGUUGGUGACAGAAGCGGACUUGGAUGCCGCAAAGAACAGGCGCAUGCGCUGGCUCAGCCAAAUCUGCGAGUACUGGCCGUUGAAACGUCUGGCUGCUGUGAGCGACGACGACGUCAACGCCAUACUCAAAUCCUAUCCGGGCAAUGGCACGCCUGAAUCGAUUGGUAGACCUGCAGGUUCUGCCGAUCCUGCUUCACGGGGUCGUGUCAUUUUGGCGGGUUCGGGUCCUGGCCAUCCAGAUCUUUUGACCCAAGCAACGCACAAAGCCAUACAGUCUGCAGAUCUCAUUCUGGCCGAUAAGCUUGUGCCAUCGGGCGUUCUGGACUUAAUUCCUCGUCGCACGCCUGUUCAGAUUGCGCGGAAGUUCCCUGGAAAUGCCGAUGCUGCUCAGCAGGAACUCCUGGAGAUGGCCUUGGCAGGUCUGCGCGAGGGCAAGACUGUGCUGCGCCUAAAGCAGGGAGAUCCAUACAUCUAUGGCCGCGGAGGCGAGGAGCUUGCGUUCUUCCGAGAGCACGGCCUAGGCGAUCGAGUCGUAGUCUUGCCUGGAAUCACCAGUUCACUCUCUGCGCCUCUAUUUGCCGGAAUACCGCCCACCCAACGCGACGUAGCAGAUCAGGUCCUGAUUUGCACCGGCACCGGCAAGAAGGGCAAAGCUCCGAAUCCACCAGAAUAUGUCGCGAGCAGGACCGUCGUAUUUCUUAUGGCAUUGCAUCGCAUUUCAGGCUUGGUGCAGGAACUCACACAGUAUACGGAGGCUGAGACGACGGCUUCCGAGGACGACUCAAAGUCACAACAAUUACAGCCGAGAAGACCGCUUUGGCCGGGCAGCACACCAUGUGCUGUGAUUGAGCGCGCAAGCUGCCCAGAUCAGAGAGUAAUCAGGACCACGCUCGAUAAAGUAGUCGAGGCAAUUGAACAGGAAGGAAGCCGGCCGCCGGGACUACUAGUCGUUGGCAACGCUUGUGAGGCGCUUUGGACCAGGGAAAAGGGACGAAGCUGGGUGGUAGAAGAGGGCUUUAGAGGCUUGGAGUUGGGCGACCAGCUCGACCUGGGCGCUUUGAGCGCCAUCACAGCGUAGGAAGCACAUUGCAUGAUCCUUGGCAGCAUUCGCAUUUACAGCAAGCAUUUGGGCGGCGUUCUACGGUGCUUCAUAUAAUUUGGAGGUUAGCAAUAUGACGGCUGGACGCAUCACGAUCCAAGUAGCCAGUAUUGACGGUAGUUUACGGUCAAUCAAUGUAUAUUUGUUAAAAAGAAAUAUUCACAACGAUACUCAAAAAGGCAAGUUUCUGGCCCAACACGAUCUAGAGGUGCACUGCGAAGGCAUUCCGUACUGUACAAGCUACGCCGGUGGAUGAUACUACAAUCAAAUGCCCC